CUGCCCUUUAAAACGCUCUAAAAUCACAGGUAAUUAACCUGCACAAAGACAUGGGCAUGGUCACCGCGAGCGGCGCGGCGACGGUGGCGCCGGACAAGCUCCGACGCCCAUGCAGAGCGGCGGCGGCGGCGGCGCUGUGCCCCUCCAAGGGCCGCGGGCAGAGGCCGCCGCCGGUGGUGAUCGCGCACGAGUGCCCCAGCGCGAUGCGCGCCCUGGUCGUGGAGGUCCCCGCGGGACGGGACGUGGUGUCGUGCGUCGCCGCGGUGGCGCGCCGCGCGCGGUGCGGGGCGCUGGUUCUGGGCGCGUCGGGGCGCGCCGCGCACGUCGUGCUCCGGGAGCCCGCGCUGGUGCUCCGCGGCACGAUGGAGAUACUGGGCCUCUCGGGGUGCUUCUUCCCGUCCCCGUCCCCCGCCGCGGGAGCGGGGGCGGCGGCGGCGGCCCCGGGCGGAGCUGCCGCGGUGUUCCUGGCCGGGCCGCACGGCAGCGUGCUCGGCGGCGCCGUCGCGGCGGGAGGGCUCGUCGCCGCCGGGCCGGUGGUGGUGAUGCUGGCCACGUUCGUGGCAGCCGCGUUCGACCGGUUGCCGCUCCUGAAGGGAGAGGACUCCGCCAAUGCAGACGGGUGCGACGUGCAUGGCGUGACCAGACGCCGGCGUUGCGGUGCGCAGCCACCGCCGCCGCCGCAGCAGCAGCAGAAGUGCGGGUGGGAGCUGUGCCAGAAGCUGGGCGCGAAGAGCUAAGCGGGUGUCUAACGCAAUGGGCCGAGUGAGAUGCGGCCCAGGAAAGGUGGGCCCGUUUAAUUUUCUAGUUGGGCCUUAUGUCACUUGACAACAAUGAGAUCAGAGAUGGGGUGUUUGGAAUUGUAGGAAUUAAUCCGUAAAAGCUGAUAAAGAAGUCAAAUUUAUGCUCUUCCUUAAUUGUGAUGAAAUUGUGCUUAUUUGAGUUUCAUAGCUUGAUUUAUAUUUGGGGGGCAAAUGAUGAAUUAGCUUAUGUUUCAAUUCAUAUGGUCCAAAUGGUAAAUGGUAAAUUUGUCCACUUCUCCUAUGGUGCAAUCCUCCUAUUCCAGCGGGAGCAUGACAGCAUGGGAUGAAACCGUUCAAUUCCCCUGUAUAUGAAAGACACGUAUGCUUAUAU